AUGGACAACAGCAGCUGGACCAGUGUGUCCCACUUUGUUCUCCUGGGCAUCUCUACUCACCCAGAUGAGCAGAUCCCUCUCUUCCUUCUCUUUCUUCUCAUGUACAUCAUCAACGUUUCUGGCAAUUUUUUCAUCAUCGCACUCAUUGUCUCUUCUCCUCAUCUCCACACUCCCAUGUACACCUUCCUCAGUAACCUGGCCUGGGCAGACAUCUGCUUCACCUCCACCACAGUUCCCAAGAUGCUACAAAACAUCUUCUCCUCUACAAAGGCCAUUUCCUACGUGGGCUGCUUAACCCAAACGUAUUUCUUCAUUUGCUUUGCAGCCAUGGAAAACUUCCUCCUGGCCGUGAUGGCCUAUGACAGGUACAUUGCCAUCUGUCACCCUCUCCGCUACCCCACAAUACUGACUGGAAUGCUGUGUGCGGGGAUGGUGGCUCUAUGCCACGUCCUCUCCCAUCUGCAUGCCCUGCUGCACACAAGCCUCAUGGGCAGACUGACCUUCUGUGCAGACAACCGGAUCCCCCACUUCUUCUGUGACCUGUACCCUCUGAUGAAGAUCUCCUGCUCCAGCACCCAGCUCAACACCUUGAUGAUUCACACAGAGGGCGUGAUCGUCAUCGAUGGAGCGCUGGUCUUCAUCAUCGCCUCCUACGCCUUCAUCAUCUCAGCAGUCCUCCGGAUCCCCUCUGCCAACGGAAAGCAGAGGUCCUUUUCCACCUGUGGCUCCCACCUCACCGUGGUGGCCAUAUUCUACGGCACCCUCACGUGGGUCUACUUCCGGCCCCUCUCCAGCUACUCAGUGACCAAUGGCCGCAUUGUGACGGUCAUGUACACAGUGGUGACGCCUAUGCUGAACCCCUUCAUCUACAGCCUGAGGAAUGGAGAAGUCAAAGAAGCCUUCAGGAAAUGGGUGAGAAGGUUCUAA